UAUUUUUCUGAUUUUUGUCUCAUGUUAAUACUAAUAACUCAUAAUUUUUCUGUUCUUUCUGCAUUUUCCAUUCCAAAACCAACAGCAUUAUUGGAGUUCGACGAUACUUUCUUCUGUUCACUUUUUGGAAACUCUCAAGCAAAACCAACUUUUCUUCUUUUUCCUUGUUCAACUUUUGAUUAAUCUUCGUCUUCAUUAAUUAAUAUAAUGGGGGUGUGAUGAAAUUUCUUUGGCUGGAUUGAACAGAAUAAGAGUUUUAAUGGAGUUUUUUCUUACCAAAAGGGCUAAAACCAGAACAAAUUUUGUGAAAAUCGUUAUUUUCAGUGUUUAUGCAUCUCUUGUUUUGACGUCUGUUGCACAACUUCUGCCUGAAAACGAAGUACAAGUUCUUGAAAGAAUAUCAUCGAGAUUACAAAACAAAUACUGGAAUGUUACGCGAAGAUCUUGCAGUGAGAGUACCGGUUUUAACAUGACCAUUUGGGGUGACGAUGUCUACAGCAAUGUGACUUGUGACUGUUCAUUUGUUAACAACACUGUUUGCCAUGUGACGCACAUCCAGAUGAAGGGUUUCAAUUUGACUGGAAUCUUGCCUGCAGAAUUUGCGAAUCUUACUUAUCUAAAAGAGUUAGAUCUAACUCACAAUUAUAUCUAUGGAUCAAUUCCUCCAAUCUUCGGUCGGCUUCCUCUUCUUACUUUGUAAGUUCUUCUUAAUGGGACCUCCAAACUCCUG